UGCUGCUGCUGCUGUUGCUGCUGUUGCUGCUGUUGCUGCUGUUGCUGCUGUUGCUGCUGUUGCUGCUGCUGGGGAUGGGCAGCCAGCAACUGUUCGCGAGUCGGUGGGGGUUGCUGGAGACGCGGGAUGCCCGUUAGGCCCAAAGACAGGGGCGUCGAUGGCGAUGUUGAGAUGGGAGUUGGUGGGUAGAGCAGCGGGUCGUGAAAGGAUGGCGGAGCUGGAAAGUUCAUUGUGCAAAGGGUACCUUAGGCAAACACGAAGCACCAGAGCUCCACGUUUUCCUCGUACAAAAAUUGCGACGGUUCGCAAGCGCAGCGGAGCGCAAGCGUGCAGACUACAGCAGCAGUAGAGGCACUUGCACUUGGGGGCAGGGGCAGGGGUUGCGCGACGGUGUCGAUGUCCGCUAUUUGCACCGUGACGUCUGCUGUGUGACAAAUUGGCUUUAGGUUUUGAAUCUUGCGAGUCGGUGUAGUUUGCUGCCUUCAAACGCUACUGCGUGUUGACGCGCUUGUAGUAGUAACUUGGAACUUUGUUUUUGGCUCGGGGGAGCUCCUGGCAUGUUUUGGUUGCGGUUUCUCUGCUCGUCUUGUCAGGCUCGGCGGUGUGAGGACGGGAGUGGGAG